UUGAUUUGAUGUCCCUCUUCAGUGCCCCAGACUCUUGGUCAGUUUUGGCGUUUUGUGAUUUGUGAUGAUUAAAUCUAUUGCCUAGAUUAAAAAUGAGCAAAAAUCAUUCAGAUCUCUUUAAGGAAGCCAUGGCCCGGAUGAAUGCCUUUGGAUCAGGGAGAUCUAGUGGUGAAAGGGAUCAUAGUAGGUCUACCCUCUUUUGGACUGAUAAAGGGGCUGCAAAACCAAAGAAGGAAUUCAAACCGAACAUCUCAUUAUCAGUUCGGCAGCGAACGACUCGUGAGGCACCAAAACAGAACAUCAAAGUGAAUAAGGCUGCUGAGAGUCAAUUAGCACGAGAAGAUGUCUUGGAUGAUUCUGAACUGGAUGAUGGUUUUGACAAUAACAUGGUAACACAGUCCGUCCAACCACACAAAUCAAGUUUAGAUGCAAAUAAUGUAUCGGAGAGCAAUCCAGCCAUUACAGCAGAAGGAGGGGUCACCGCUGCAAUCAAACAGAAGACCAAAGUGAACAUCCACAAUAACGAAACUAUUUCAUUUAUUUGAAUAUUUGUUCAUUCAUUUUUUUUCAAUUUGUUUA